AAGUAAUACAAUGGAUCUUCCAAAUUUUAAUAUAUAAAGAAUAAUAGAAUAGGUAGAAAAUGUUAUGCUAUAGGGAGAUAGAAGAAUUUUUCUUUUUGCAUAUAAUUCAAGUUCUCCAACUCAUCCAUUUGAAAAUUAACCCUCCGAUGACGGACCAUGGGGAGAACCCCAAUUUUAAUAUCCUUUCAUAUUACUUUCAUUUUUUAAAUUUUACUCUUCUAAAUAAAACUCUUUCGUUUAAAAAUUACAUAUUUAACUUUACAUUAAUAUCCUUGAAUACAUUUUAUAAGUUUGGGUAAUGAUUGACCCAGGUCCUUCAUUCGAGGGUUAAUGGUUCUUCUAAAGAUUUCACUAGUCAUUUUAAUCAAACUUGAAACUUCAAAUUGACGUGACACGAGUGUUAUUUUGCGGUAUAUUUAUCUUAUCAAAUCGUAUCAAUCACGUUUCGAAACCUUCCAAUAUAAGAAUUAAUUGUUUAUCCUUUGAAUUUGUCAUCGCAUUUUUUUGUAAAUAACUCUGUUAACAAUGUGCCGAAAUUCAUGAGAAAUAUAGAUUAACAACAAACCUUGCUUAAUAACCGGAAGAGUGCAUUGUGCUCAUUAAAUUUCGUCGGAAUUGUUCAUCGGCCGGCGGCAAUUUAAAAGCAACGGCACUCUUUUGAUGCUCGAUUAUAACAAUUAAAAAUUUAUCAAACCAUUGUGAAAAUUUUUACGAAUUUUGUUUCUUUUCGUGAAAAUAAAGAUUUUGAGGAUUUCUGCAUUCUCUAUAUCGCUGUUUUCUCUGGGGAAAUUAUAUUUAAUCAAAUUUCAUGAUAAAAAUGUAUGAGUUCAUAUGAUGAUUCAUUCAAAUUAUAAAGAAAGAUCCAAUAAAUAAUAAGAUAAAAAGAUUGCAUUUAUAUAGUUGCAACAGGUCGUAGAUUUCGCUAACAAUUUUUCUGUAUUCAUUUAUAUCCAUUGCACUUCCUAUUUCUAUAUUUUCUUAUCUUCUUAUCAUGUUUACAUAGUGCACAUUUUUUCACAAUUGCCCUACAAGGCUCAAGUACAUUGCCAUGUAGGCUUCUUUUGGUUAAGAGUACUAUAAUUAUAGUAUGAUUACUACCCUUUGCCUCGUACAAUUCGAUGUACAGUAGGAUGUGGUACGCUAAUAGUUUGUUCCAUUUACUCAAUCAUUGGUUUCCGGACUUUCGUUUGCGUAUCGAAGAAAUCACGUUUCAUAGUUGCCCACCAUUCAAACGUUUAUAUACAGCAACUGGAGCUGACUGGACUUAUUCGGGUGAACAUGGUCCAGAACAUUGGCCAGGGUUAUGCACGAUAGGAAAGAAACAAUCGCCAAUUAACGUUGUCACUGAAGAUGCUGUAAAAACGGAUCUCGGUAAACUGAAAUUUAUAAGAUACAGUUUUGCAUUUUCUGUGGAGGUCACCAAUAAUGGUCAUUCUGUAAAAAUACAAUUGGAUGGUGCACCUAUUCAUUUGGAAGGAGCAAACCUUCCAAACUCGUACAUUUUGGAACAAAUGCAUUUUCAUUGGCCUGCUGAGCACACUAUAGACGAGAAUCGUGAUGUCUUAGAGCUACAUUUUGUGCACUAUAGCAAUAAGUAUAACAAUACUAGUAUGGCAGCACAAUAUGAUAAGGGUAUUGCUGUGGUUGCUACUUUAUUCGAGUUGAGCAACGAAGACAAUAUGGACAUAAUGCCAAUUAUAAAAGCGACGGAAUUAGUUUCAAAAGGUGUGGGCAAAACCACAGAAUUAAAGGGAACUAAAGUAAUACCCUUCUUGUUCUUACCAAAGGACCACACUACUUAUUAUCAUUAUGAUGGCUCCUUAACCACUCCAGGAUGUCAGGAAUCUGUAAUGUGGUUUAUUUUAUCUGAGAAACUAUCGAUCUCAGAGCCACAGUUAAAUGUUUUUAAGAAUGUUGGAACGGAAAAUGGCACGUUAAGCUUCAAUUAUAGACCAACUCAACCCCUUGAAGAGAGGACAGUGUACCAUCAUCUGGAGGGGUAUUCUGCAGCAUCCACCCUCCCAUCUAAUUUACUCUUGACCUGUCUCAGUUUAUUAUUAUGUAAACUGUUGCACUCAAAAUAAUAGAAAUAUUUAAUUGAGUAUAAUUGUGAUCAGUCUGGUUGUGUUUAUUGAAUGAAGUGACUCAAAUAUAGGGUGUUCGAAAAUGAAUAGUUCAGAAAUUUCAAAGGACACCGUAGAUCUACUUUAUGUAAGACGAACAGUAAGUACUGUUCAGCUGUUGAUUUAAUUGCUUAAAUUUUAAAUCUAACGAUCAAACCACCAAUUUUGAAUCACUUUGUACUUUAAAAAUAAACUAAGAUUGCAUUUUA